AUGUCAGACGGAACGGCUCGACCACGGCCGCCUCGGCAGAGCUCGAGAGCAGGUGCAGGAUCUAGUAGACAGAGGGAGAGUAGUUAUGGGUCGAGGAUCUUGAGUGGGAAUGUUGGAUUGCAGGCUCCGGUCUCGCUGGGCGCCGAGUUGCAACCUCGAGGACAACCUUCGUUGAGAGCUCCAUCGCCAGGCCCAUCACAGCACUCGUCACGUUCGGCCUCUCCCGGUCCUCCUGAAACCAGCGGGCUACCCUACCUCGCUCACGCUGGACCGACAACGAACGCUCUCCUCAAAGGCCGUCAGACACCCCUUCCGCCUCCUCUUCCAAGCCCACCUACCGUUGCCGAACGUUCGAUGAGCGGGAACGGGCCUCUGCAUCCAUUACGACAACGACCUACUCCACCUAGACCACCUCAUCAGCCGUUACCUCCUCUUCCCGCUCUCCCUCCCCAGCAUCAACAGGUCGUCAAGAUGCAACAACACCAGCAGCAGCGACAACCUUCUUCGCAGUCUUUGCAAGGCACGAGCCAGAAUGGGUCUGUAUCGACUGAGACCCCGAUCAGACGGUCAGCUACGGGGUCGACUACCGCUUCGAACGGUUCGGGGAGUGCCAAAUUCAACAGUCCUCCUCCUCCACCAGCUCCUCCUCCUCGGGACGUUCCUUUACCUCCUUUGCCGACAAAUAUACCCGGUGGGAUCGCUCAGUCGAGUUCCUCCAGAAGCGCUCAAUUGAUGGGCGCGAGCAGUUCGAGCAGUUUGAGGCAGGAAGAACGGGUCGGGAAGGAUUACGGUAGUCUAGGAGUCAAAGGGAGGGGCGAGGCGGUCAAGGACGAUUCGUACCAGAUGAGACAGGCUUCGUUGCCCAGUCGUCUGGGUGGGACCUCUCGAUCAAACGCGGGGUCAGAGUUGUCUCUGACGAGUCGGGAACGCCAAUUACCACAAUCGCAACAGGAUAGGAGCAUGAGUGGGGGUGUACUGAGUGACGAGCGGCCGCGCAAGUCAUCGACGGAAGUCGGGCGAGUGGUAGAUCCUGCCUCGGAACCGAGGAGUCGAAAGAGCUCAAUGGACGCUGUAAGGACGAUGACGACAAAUUCGCGGCCUCCUGUCCCCCGGACGAAAACGCCAGAACCGCUAGCCAAGGUCAGUCUGGCCCCCGAAGCUGAAGAUGGGUGGCAAGCGGGACCAGCGGAAUCAUACGGUCGUGCGAGGGGUUCGUUGGAGAUGGAUAGGCAGGUCCAGGCGGAGUCCUCGAGACAGGCGCAAUUGAGAGGUUUAGGAAUCGCUGCGGUCGGACCGCCACCUCAGCCUAGACAGAAACCGCCUAGCCCGCCCAAGGUCCAGCAAUCAAAGCCUGCUCAGCCAAAUACCUCUACUUCGACAAGAAAGAGCGGGGAACAGGACAGGAACGUCUUGCCAGGGCAAUCGCCACAGAUGAACGGCUCGUGGCCAGCUGCGACUGGGAAGAAAUGGAGCAUCUCGCCUUUGGUACAGAUGAUGGACGACAGCUUUUCGAAACGGCAGGACUACUCUUCGAUGAACGGUCGGCGGUCGGAAGAUCCGGGCUCUUUGAUGGGUCGUGGGACUGUUACACCCGAACCAACGAAGCCUGUCGUUCAGCCUCGAAAGAGCUCAGGAGGCUUGCGAGGGCUGUUCAGUCGGAACAAGAAGGACAAAGACAAGGUGGUCAAGAAUCCUCCACCUUCUGCUCAGGCUGCGCCGGUAGACUUUGCUCCACCCAUUAGGCGACGAGCGAGCGAAGACAUGCUCAGGACAAAGCGGCAUCAGGACGAGAUGUCCUCGCUGCCCGUGAGAAAGACGGCGACGCCUGAGCCGGGACUCUUCGUGAGACGAGUAACCGAACCGAUGCAGCAGAGACAGCCUCCAGAGUCGACACCCCGAGAUGAACGAAAUGCAUCGCCGUCGUCAGCCAGUCUGGGCCGGGGAUCGAGCGUCAAGAGUCCGGCUUCCACCCAAACGCUCGAGUCGACGGAGAGCAAUUCGACGAUCCGGGAGGGGGCAACAUUAUCUCCUGUCCUAACUUUACCUUUGCCCCAGUUGCCCACCCUGGAUUUCAGCCUUGGAUCCACUUUCGACAGCAUGUUCACAUCUUUGGACGGCAAAGUCUCCCCAGCCGAGGUCCCCGCGAAUCCCUUGCACGCUCGGCGGCGAUCUCGGAGUUUCAGCGAGUUUUCCAAGCCUGUGCUCUCGCCCCCCUUGGCGGCGUCUGUAUCUCACCUUCCGAGCGUGGAGAGUAACGCGAGUCUUGUUGCCGAUCUUGUGGCUUACAGUCAACUUGAGACGGUCAAGAACCUCGAUAGCUCGGAGCCGACCGUUCCAUCGCUAUCUUCAGAUCACGGCAGGACUACGUCGUCGGCGUCAUCGCAGAUCAUGGACAACUCUCCUCCACGCACGCCAGGGUCGGCUGAUACUGUGCAGGUGAACAUCGCCGGCUCGAGCAGCUCGUGCUCCAUCGAUGGCAUGCACGCAUCGAAUUCAGUAGAUUCGGCCGACAUGGCCAUUGUGGGCAAGGCUUGGACGAAUACGGUAUCCGACAAGUCGCAAAAGACGGUACGGCCAAGGCUGUUACAGCUAGCAGAGACCAACUCGUCUUCCGCGACGAUCGUCGAGCAAGAUGAGAGCGGAUCCGAGGCCGGCAAGUCUGCGUUCUCCCCUCCUCAAACUGCCAAGCUAGAGCCGUCUUUGGAUAUUGUCAAGCCGGUGACGGUAGAAGAUCGGCCGGCAGCACCUCAAAUCGUCAGCAAGAUUCGAAAGAUCCCCCUCCGGCGGCGAGCUCGGCCCGUGAGCUCUAAGGUGGACAAUAUGUCUCUCGCUGAUAACCUGCGGCGGAUAUUGAACAUGUUCCGCCUCGGGGCCUCCAUGAGAAACAUCGAUAAAGCCGGUCUCCUUCGCAACGAACUCUUGGAAACAUUGGUUGAGGGCGAGAAGCGGGGUUAUAGCACUUCCGACAAGGCUGGAAAUGCGGCUGUUCGGACGGUCUGUGUUGAAUGGGUAAAUAUAUUGCUCGAGGAACUACAAAAAGAACAAGCAGCCAAUGAGCGUGGAGCGUGUCUAGAGGCCUUAUCCGCUAUAAUGGAGAGUGCCACAAUGUCGAUGAAGGCCCUCAAGGGACAACAAGGUGACGAGCUCAUUUUCAGAGUCUUGAUGGUCCGCAUAAUGUCAUAUGUCCUUGGGAAACUUUCAAGCAAGGGCAUCUUUCACAACACGCUACUAUUCUCGGGAAGGAUGCUGGCAUUCGCCUUCUUCCGGAUAGAGGGCAUCGCUUUCCAGCUUCUCGCAGCGCUACCUACGAGACCUACCGUGUUGAUGCGAUUUGCUCACGCAGCCAAAGAAUACUCUUUCGUUGGCAGCAAGACUCUCGACAUCGAAUACCCGCCUCACCUGCAGUCGUUACAGUUCGACAACGCUCGAGACUAUAUGGAGCGCGUCAAUUCGCACAUUCCAGACUACUUCGAGGUGGAAGAGGACGAAGCUUUCCACUUUGACAAAUCGGGCAACUGGCUACGUCGUUGGCAGUCGGAUGAUUCAGAGUUGUUCCCGUCCUUCUACAAGGCCUACCACCGGAACCUCGCAGUCUACUUGGCAGACGCUAUCGAGAUGGCUGAAGGCGAUCACACAACGAUACCGGCCGCAGUCCUUAUGAGUGCGCCAGGCUAUGCGCAUCUUGCAGCUGUCUAUGCCACCAAGACGCAUAGCUAUAUUGUUGGGGCUGUCAAUGCGGUCACGACCACUUCAACAACGUCCAACUUCAAUGCGGACGAAUCUGCUGGUCUUCGAGGAAACGCGAAGCCUCCGGUCUUGGAAACCGCUAACCGCCGUCUCACGGAGAUCAUCCUCAACAUGGCCAAUUCGAGGAUCUUUGUCCAGACCAGGUCAGGUCAGGUCAUGGAAUGCGACGGAGCUGAGAUGUGGGGCAGCAUGGUCGACGUCUGGGUCAAGUACCUCGUCUCACGAACAAGUCUCUACUCACCACGAGGGGUGUUUUGCCUCUUCGACCUACUCGACGGGGUCGUAGCGCCUUCGUACGAUUCGCUUGCUUCACCGACUGCGGAUGGACAGCCAACAUUCAAAGCUUCUCUUGUCGACAUACCGCACCUGAUAUCGGUCCUCAGACUUGUUCUCACCGAGACCGACCACCAUCUCACGCUGGCCAAAUGCGUAGCCUUCAUCUGGACGCAUUACGAGACUCUGUGCGCCCAGGUCGAGCACAGGGAAGCGCUCUGCAUGAACCUCUUGCUCGACCCCAAAGUCUUCGAACGGCUAGUACUGUUCUGGUCGCAGAGCGUGCGUAGCUACAUCCUGCGACUGGUAGUGUUCAGACUGGGACACGUCUCGACCGCCCCGACCGACUUGGUCAAUCAUGAGAUGGAAGUCGCUACCGUGCAGAUGGUUCACACUCGGCUCGAGCGGAUACGGCGUCGUCAUGACGAGCUGGAACCCAGGGAUCCGAUGGUCACACCUCCCAUGCAGACUAUGCAAUUGGAGCCUUUGGACGAGGUCGAAGAGCUACCUAGAAGCAAGUCCACUAUUACCAUGGUUGAGCCCAUAGAUCGACCGGAAGAGGCCUCACCUGCGACUCGAGCCGAGAGGCUCUUGGGGCUCGCCGGAGUGGAAUCGCCCAACAUGAGCAACGAGACCACUGAACCCGAAUACAUUGCCGGCAAGGGCAAGGUUGGAGGCAACAAGGCCUCGAGCUGGUUCAAGAAACCGUUUGGCAAGCAAAAGAAACGCAAACCGAGUACCGAAAGCGAGAGCGAUUCCGAUUCGGGAGUCAAGCCAGCCAAGAUCGCUGGGCAGUCUUUCCAAGCCCCUGUUGGAAGGCCUGCUCGUCUCAAGACCUCGAUGGACGCUCAAGACGUCCAACCGACAUCGCCCGCCGCCUUGUCGCAGAAAUCGGUCGGCGCGGAAAGCACCGAUUCGUUCGAGGGAGACGCUUCGGCGCUUCAGCCCCGUGGUCCUGUGGUCCCGACCAUCUCGACCACUCCGGCGCUGCGAUUCAGCACACCCGAACCACCAGCGUCACCUCGGUCGCCUAGCAGAGUCCAGUUCGAAUUCGAACUUCCAACCGCCUCCCCUAGGAGUGACGCCUUUGAUAAACGACCCCGUGGGAACCUCUUGUCCAGCCCAGCCGCCAACGGAUCGAGGAACAACGCCAACAAUCUCAAUAACCCGAACCAAAGUCACCCUCAACGGAUGCCAGCGUCCCCCUCGAUGUCGAGAUCGUUCUCGAAACGGUCCAGCCUGUUACACCCCGUUGCCGCGGGAGUAUUGGAAGGGCCGGCGAGCCCGUCUUUCCGGCGGAGUUUGGCUACUGUGCCCGAACCCCCCGGGUACGAGAAGCGUUUACACCCUUAUGCGAUCAGAAUGUUGGCCGAGCUGGAGGACGUGCAGAGAGAGUACGAAGAAUGGUGGGCCGAGGACGGGCCAGGAAGGCAGGACAGCGCGCCGCCUCGACUUACGAUCGCUUGGCCGUUCUCCGAGGAGGAGGAUUAA